CCAUGACAGUCUUCCUGUGGCAUUUGUUUGUGGUUCAAGCAUCUUAUAGAGCUAAGAUCCUAUGUUUUUUAUCCGUUGUGUUCAUGUCAGGUUCUACACAGAAUAUUUCGGGAUGCAGCUGCUGAGGAAGCGGGAUGUUCCAGAGGAAAAAUACACAAACGCAUUUCUUGGGUUUUGUUCAGAGGAGUCCAACUUUGCCGUGGCACUAACAUACAGUUUACAAAAUGGUUGAGGGCAUACGAGCUAAGGGUGGUGUCAUCACUAGAGAACCUGGUCCAGUGAAAGGAGGAUCAACUGUGAUAGCUUUCGUGAAGGUUCCUACUGGUUACAUCUUUGAGCUGAUUCAGAGAUGUUCAACUCCUGAACCACUGUGCCAAGUAAUGCUUCGUGUUGGUGAUCUAGAUUGCUCUAUCAAGUUCUACGAGAAGUUCGAAGUCGAUCAAUCUCUGUUUUUCUCUCCCUUCUCUUCACUCCUACUGUCCUACAAUGGCGACCGUCUUCAUCUUCUUUCCCCACUAAUCAAACCUCAAAAUUCAUUCACUUCCCUCUCUCUUAUAGUCUUAUCUACCUUCUCCUCCCAAAUCUAUCUCCUCCUCCGAUGAGUUUCUUCAUUGCUGCACGUAGACGAGAAGUACGUGUCGUGGAAGUCUUAAUCAAAACCUUGUAUGGCCUUCCUCUUUUUCUGGUACUUUAUCUCCCUUAAUUUCAUCAAUUCUAGGGUUUCAGAUUUUAUGAUACUGCUAUUUCGAUUGCAAUUGACGGAUUUUGUAUAUUAGGUUUUCUAUUUGCUAAAUUGGUUGAAUUAUUUGAGGGUCAAUUGUGUUAAUUUUAUCGCGCUUGGUGGUGCCUUGCACAGUUGCACGUCCGUAAGGACAAGCUGGGUUUUGUCUUUGCUUGUUUUACUGUUGCCCACCACCUGUUUGUUUAAGUUCCUCAAUGCGUGACACUUUUUGUUAAAAAAGAAGUUUAAUCAACAUUAUGUAGAAGACAAUCACUGGUGAAAAUGUGAAAUUGAAAUGUUUUUGAAAUGUGAUUAGUUUGAUAUCAGCAUAGCUUCUUGUUGAUAAAAUGGGUUUGGAUUGUAAGGUGCAAUUUCUGCUUUUCAGUUGUUUGCAUAUGAUUCAUACUUGGGAUUUAUUUGUUUUGCGAAAUUUUCUUGAUUUGGGUGUUGAAUCAUUUGUAGGGAAGACUCAACUUAUUAGCCAUUUUAUGAUUAACAAGAGUUGGUAUAAUGUUGAUUUGCUUGGAUAUGUGUGUGCUCCUAGAUUUUGAGUUCUAUGUUGUGGGAAAUUUUAAUAUUUUUAGAUCCUACUUCGUGUUGGGCAUCUACAUGUUUUAGAAUGCAAUCCAAUGUGAUUACGUGAGCUAUAUAUUUGUACAAUUUCGGUUAGGCUUUGUUGUCAAAUUAGUGACAGGAUUGUGCAUGUCUCACAACUAUUUACCCGAUCUGAUUAUGUGAGCUUUAUAUUUGUACAAUUUCGGUUGGACUCUGUUAUCAAAUUAUUGACAGGAUUGCGUCUCACAAGUGUUUACAAAUUACAAAUGACCGUACUGUUAAAACUAUUAUCUGGUAAUCAUAGCUGUCAUCAAAGUUCAAUGAGUGGUGCUUCGGAUAGGAUUUACCCGAUCUUGCUCAUGAGCUAAUUAAGGUUGACUCAGUCAAAGCUUGACUUGAAUGAGCUCACCUCAAGCACAACUCAGUUGUAGACCUUAAGGACUUAAUCUGAGCAUCGUUGGGUCUAGAGGAGUUUAAGUUUUGUACAGCUUAACUAUCUUUUCAUACUAUACUGCAUACGGAGUAUAUUUUUACAUAAAUUAUGUUUGAAUUUUAUUUAUUACUUGUAAGGAUGUAAGAUAUGAGCAAUAACAUGGAUUUCACAAAAAUCUUACAAUGAUCUCAAGUAAAAAAAAAAAAGAGCUUUGAAAUUGUGUGACUUAAAGUAGAAUUUACUUGG